CCGACGCUUUUCUAAUCGUGCCGACGCGCACCAAGCUGCUUGUGCUGUAAAUUAAAGUUGUUCCAUUUACAGCAAGGUAAAACGUUAGGAAGUAUCGUGUGCAUCUUGUUGCUAAACAACUAUGGAUGGAAUAUUUGGCAGCGAUGAUUCGAGAGAAGCAUCAAGCGCAGGCUCCAGAAGCGCCUCACCAGCCUCCAGCGAGGGAUCGCGGUCUCCUGCGCAACAUUCCGACGACGGGGAACAGAGCGAGCAUUCCGAUGCUGAGGAGCGCUCGGAGAAAAGCUACCACUCGUCACCGCCGAGGAGCCCGGCGUCCGGUGACGAGUCGGGCUACGAGGACAAGGGUGAGGAAGCCUCGGGGGACGAGCGUCGGGAUUCGGGCGAUGAAGGCUCGGACGAAUCCCGACACGUGGACGACCAGUCCGGUGACGAAGAGACGUCGGCUAGGACACCCGCGCGAUCGGAACGUCAGAGCGAUGCCUCCGACAACGAGGGCUCCGGCAGCGAGGUGCAUCGCUCCGACGAAGAGGACCGCCGAUCCGACGACGAGGAACGCCACUCCGACGACGAGGGACAGCGUUCUGACGACGAGGUUCACCGCUCCGACGGUGAGAGCCGUCGUUCAGACGACGAGGGCCAGCGUUCUGAAGACGAAGGCCACCGCUCUGAAGACGAAGGCCGCCGUUCUGAAGACGAGGUACAGCGCUCAGACGACGAGGACCGUCGUUCCGACGACGAAGACCGCCGUUCCGAGGUGGCCGCGGAACGGUCGGGUGCCUCCGGAGACGAAGGCAGCGCAAAUGAAGCGAGCGCUAACGAGGCAAGUGGAGACGAGGCCAGCCGAGGCGAGGCGAGCGGAGACGAGGGUUCGGUGCACUCAAACGAAGGCGAAGCACGCGUGGCGGCGUCAGGCUCGGACUCCGAUGCUGAGAGCGCCAUAGGACGCAAACGAAGGCGAUCGGGUGGCAGUGAAGCUGCUUCUGCUGGCUCUGCUGCAGAAGGUUCGGACGACGACGAAGCAGUAACAGGUCGAAAAAGGGCACGAAUCUCCAGCCCCGAGGAGAAGGGCGAAGAAGCUGAGGUAGGAGGCUCUCUCGGUGAAGACUUAGACGACUUGAGCUCGGAUGAGGAGGGCGCUGCCAAGAAGAAAGGCGGGGGUGAGACGCCAGUCAAACGCAUGGGCAGCGAUGAGGAAGAGGAACCGGAGGAGAAGCGAGCGGAACCCGAGCAAGGUGAAGAAGAGGAGGUGCCAGUCCCAGAGACACGCAUUGAUGUGGAAAUCCCACGUAUUAUGACCAACCUUGGAAACGAGGUCCACUUUGUCAAGCUGCCAAACUUCCUCAGUGUUGACACAAGGCCUUAUGAUCCUCAGUGGUAUGAGGAUGAAGUAGAUGAAGAUGAAGUGCUUGACGAAGAAGGAAGAGCACGACUCAAACUGAAGGUUGAAAACACAGUCCGGUGGCGCUACCUCUAUGAUAAGAUGGGUAAUCCAGUGAGGCAGAGCAACGCCCGGAUAAUCAAGUGGUCAGAUGGGAGCAUGUCACUACAUCUGGGCUCUGAAAUCUUCGACGUGCACAAGCAGUCACUGAUGCAAGGAGAUCACAACCACUUGUUCAUUCGUCAAGGCACUGGUCUGCAGGGGCAGGCUGUCUUCCGCACGAAACUCAGCUUCAGGCCUCACUCGACCGACAGCUUCACCCAUCGCAAGAUGACACUGUCACUCGCUGGUCGUAGCCAAAAGACGCAGAAGAUUCGAGUGCUGCCUCAGGUUGGCCAGGAUCCCGAGGCACACCGCAGUGAAAUGAUCAAGAAAGAGGAAGAUCGGCUUCGGGCAUCGAUCCGGCGCGAGAGCAAGCAGCGGCGCCUUCGCGAGAAGUCCCAUUCACGUGGCCUCAGUGCAGCGUACCUGGAGGCCGAUGAAGAUGAUGCAGCCAUUUCCCUGUCGGCCAUCAAGAGCAAGUACCGUCGCGGAGGGGCUGCACUUAAGGAGCGCCCUUCCAUUUACUCUUCUGAGGAGGACGCAUCUGAUCUAGAAGAACAACGCGCUCGACGAUUAGAGAAAGCUAAAGCAGGACCAGAAAAUGAUGACGAUGACAGUGACCUGGACUACUUCGACAAAAAGGCGGAAAGCAAAAAAGCGAAAAAGGCCAUUGAAGAGAGUGACGAGGACGACUAGGCAUCCUCAAUUGUUUCAUACUGUACAUACUCUUAUUCAUAGAUAAACAUUUUUUUUUAUUCAUGUCUU